GUUCUUGUUGGCCACUUGGCCAUACCAUAAAGAUAGUGUUAUCACUUAUCAGUUGUUGUGAUUCAUAUUUUAGGGCGCCAGUAGUACUCACAGACAGAGAGAAUGGCUGGAAGCAGGGAAGACACAAGAUGGUCUGUUCAAGGGAUGACUGCUCUCGUCACCGGUGGAACCAAAGGACUCGGGUUUGCAGUGGUGGAAGAAUUGGCAAAACUAGGAGCAAGAGUGCAUACAUGUGCUCGAAAUGAAUCCCAACUUAAGGAAUGCUUACGUGUGUGGGAGAGCAAGGGAUUUCAAGUUACUGGUUCAGUCUGUGAUUUAACAUCUCGAGCCCAAAGAGAGAAUCUAAUGACUGAAGUUUCCACUCUGUUUAAUGGAAAACUUAACAUAUUGGUAAACAAUGUUGGGACAAACAUAAGGAAAUCGACCGUGGAGUUCACAGCUGAUGACUAUUCGUUUUUGAUGAGCACCAAUCUUGAAUCAGCGUACCACACGUGCCAACUUGCUCAUCCUCUUCUGAAAAGUUCAGGAUCUGGGAGCAUAGUUUUUUUGUCUUCCGUUGCUGGUGUGGUGUCUCUCAGUGUUGGCUCUAUAUAUGGAGCAACUAAAGGGGCAAUGAACCAACUUGCGAAGAAUUUGGCUUGUGAGUGGGCAAAGGACAAUAUAAGGGUUAACUCUGUUGCUCCCGGGUUCAUCAUCACGGAGCUUAACAAAUCGUAUUUUGAUGAUGAAAAAUUUGGAGCGGCCGUAGUCUCUCGUGCUCCGAUGGGGCGUACUGGGGAACCGAAAGAGGUCUCUUCUUUGGUGGCAUUUCUUUGCAUGCCUGCAGCUUCAUACAUAACUGGCCAGACUAUUUGUGUGGAUGGAGGGACAACUGUGAAUGGCUUCUCAUUCCCAUAAAAACCUGGCGGGUUUUAAUUCUAAGAUCUAGUACUCGCUGUUUUUCUAUUUCUAGAAAUGUUAUGUUCAGAUUUUUCACGUUUGUUGUUGUCGUAAGUGCUGGGUCUGUAAGAGUCAAAGAGACGAAUUCAGAGAGUGUAUGCUGCGCAAAGAGUAUGUCUGUUUCCAUAGUUUGGAGUUUGGACCUGCCCUGACCCAAUAAAUGUGACCGCCCAAUUGAAGAAACUGAUGUGGGCUGUACUUGAGAGCCCAUUGGGCUUGUCAAGUGGGAUUGUGUAUUC